AUACAAGAAGCACUGAAGCAGAGAAGCAAAAAGCACCGAAGCAGAGAAGCAAGAAAGUUCCGAAGCACAGAUGCAAGAAAGCACCAAAGUACACAAGAAUGCACUAAAGCAGAGAAGCAAGAAAGCACUGAAGCAGAGAAACAAGAAAGCACCGAAGCAGAAAAGCAAAAAGCACCAAAAAACAGACAUAAGAAAGCACCAAAGUAUGCAGAAAAUACCAAAGCAGAGAAAUGCAAGAAAGCACCAAAGUACGCAAGAAAGCACCAAAGUAUACAAGAAUACACUAAAGCAGAGAAGCAAGAAAGCACUGAAGCAGAGAAGCAAAAAGCACCGAAGCAGAGAAGCAAGAAAGCACUGAAGCAGAGAAGCAAAAAAAGCACAGAAGCAAGAAAGCACCAAAGUACACAAGAAUGUACUGAAACAGAGAAGCAAGAAAGCACUGAAGCAGAGAAGCAAGAAAGCAUUGAAGCAAAGAAGCAAAAAGCACUAAAAGAAGCAAGAAGCACCAAAGCAGAGAAGCAAGAAAGUGCUGAAGCACAGAUGCAAGAAAGCACCAAAGCACAGAUGCAAGAAAGCACCAAAGUACGUAAGAAUGCACUGAAGCAGAGAAGCAAGAAAGCACUGAAGCAGAGAAGCAAGAAAGCACCAAAGCAGAGAAGUAAAAAGCACUGA